AUGAUUGGGUUAUGGCUUUAUUAUGGUUUGUUAUGCCGCUGGGAUCACUUUGAAUGGUACCCUAAAGUCCAAUUUAGCAAGCCGAAUUUGCUUGUUCACAUCGAUGUCGAGUUCUUCUACGUCAGUGACAGUCUUAGUGAAAUAGUAAAAUCUGUCUGCGCUUUCGUGGGCCAUAAUUUUUCGGGUUUCAUAUCAGUCUUGAACCUGGUGACGUCACAACACUCCCCUCCCUCUGCGUUACGUCCAGGAGGUCUUCUAAAUAUCUGUUUGGACGUUUUAUGGUGCUUGGUUCAAGGAGCAGUUCUAUUUGUUCUUCUUGAGGCUGAAGACGUACCGGGCUCGCUUCUUCGAAGGCUUCUAGAGAAAAAUAUACUUCUAUUUUCUAAUGACUGGACUACGGCUAUUACGGUAACCCAAAUUAUCCAGAUUUUACGAAUAGGUAGUAUCCCGUCUACGUAUUCCAGUAAAUCCUCUUGUAUGUCUUCGUGGGGACUGCACGUAUUUUAGUUGGUUUCUAGGAUGUCUACAUGUGUUUCUGUCGCAUUUUCCAUCUCAUUCAAGACUUCUUCUUGGUUGUUUGACAGUUGCAUUGGUAUGAACGGUAGCGAAUAACAGAAAAGGCAUGAUAACAUCUUUGUUUUGGGAGUCUUACAUUGUGUUGAAUAUUUGCAUACGAUCGCACUGGGAAGGGGUUUUCCUUUCGUGUCUUGGCCAUUUGUUCUUCUUCCUUGAUCAUGUCAAAAAGCUCAUUCUUCCUUGAUCAUGUCGAAAAGCUCAUUUGUCGCAAUGCCGUUGUUACGUUCCGUAAUUGGUCCAUCUCGAGCAGAUAUGUUUUUUGAUUAUUUCAAAUUAGUUUUGAAAAUCCAGAUGCGAUAAAAAAAUCUUUCGCAAGAUGAAACGAAGAUCGCAUUUUGCGAAACUUCCAUUCAAAAUCCUUUUACGAACAUUGAGCCUCGGUACCCACAGAAGCUUAUUUCACGUACAAAGGUAUGGCCCAAGAUGCUCUGCCAAAGUCCAUAAAAGAAUCAAAAGGGAAAAAGAAGGUUACUCCAGUUACUACUCUACUUUUUUCUCACGUUUUCUCUUUUUUUUCUGCGGUUUUGCUAACUCUAGUUACUGCCUAUUUGCACGUGAAACAAGCCUCCGCGGCUAGAGAGGCGGUGCUGUAAGGGUCGAAAAAGAUUUUGAAUGGAAGUUUCGCAAAACGCGAUCUUCGUUUAUCCUUGCGAAAGAUUUUUAUUGCAUUCUACGUUUUCAAAAUUAUUGUAAAACAAUGUUUACCUCGCCCAAACCCGACUAGUAUAAUAUAUAAACUCGGCACAUGUCGCCAUACGAAACAAGCCCGAUCCCUCUAAAAAUACAUUUCCAGAUUGAGCACUACAUAACGCUUCGUCAUCAAUUCGGGUCCGCUUACAAGUCCACUGUCCGUUAUCACGCCGCGGAUGGCGUACUUGGCCUUCAGCAAGGUCCAAAUAUCCAAAGUCCCUUCAACAAUUUUCUUCGGCGAAUUUCCGCGCAACAGUUUACAAUCUUAACUGAGAAAAUUGAUGAUCCUGAUCGAAAACGGGUCCUGCGACCACCCGGAAAUCUGGGCUAUAUAACUUUUGGCGAGAUGGAUACAGUGAACUGCGCUAGAGAUCAUAUUGUAGCGCCUAGUGUGAACUCAAGUAGCUGGAAUUUUAGGAUUAACCGGUAAGAGGAGCCCUCGUAUUUCUUGUUGCUGUUAUUUACCCUUGAUUUUAUCACUAUUUCAGAGUGUUGAUCGCAAAUUUCGUCGAUCAAACAGAAUUUAUUGCCACUGUAGACCCAGCAGAAGCGUUUACCCUGGUCCCGCGACAAGUAAUGCUGCAGAUUCUCUCGAUUUUUGGCGCUACACCUAUUCGCUCGAACAUAACAACUUAUUCUAUUCGAAACACUGAGAAUUUACCGACCAUCUACAUUGAUAUUGCUGGCUAUCAGCUGGCCUGGGAGCCACAAUACUAUAUGAUGGUGGGUGAUUGUACAGUAAUUUUUUUAGUGAUUAUUUUAAGCAUUGAAAUGUCAAAUUUCAGGGCAAAACAUUAGCAAUAAUGCUGAAUCCGCGCGAUCGAGUUCUCGGCGAGCCCAGCUGGGUGUUCGGGAACAACUUUCUAAAACAAUAUUGUGCCACGUUCUCGUCAAAUCAGCUAAUCUUCACGAGAAAUAUUUGGACCGAAAACACUAUACAAAAUCAAAAUUCAGGGAAUUCCAUUGAAGCUUGUGAUUUUUUAAGCUUGUUUUUUAUAGUAGUAGUUAUGUAUUUGUAUGGAUAAAACAGUAAUAUAUGUAUAAUAUAUGUAUAUACAUAUAUAUUCUCAAGUUAUAAAAUAGUAAUAUAUGUAUAAUAUAUGCAUGUAUGUAUAAUAUAUUGUUAUUAAAACAGUUAUUAAAACUUUUGUGAUAAGUUUCUUGUGAAUUGUUUGUAAUUAAACUCCUGACAUAGGAACUCUGUCUUAAAGAUUUCUUUAUACCAAAAUUACAAGCAAUUUUUUUUGAAUUUUUUCCUACGGUAGUUAUGACAGUAUAUUUUACAAAGUGUAUUUUACGUUAUUUUUUUUAUUCAGCACGGUAUAAACAACAUUUUUAGCCAAAUUUUUUUUUGUAAUUAGGUAAAAUGAAUAUUUCUACAAUUUACGAUCAUAGGUCAUAGAUUGUCGAUGUUAUGGACGGUAGUUGUGCUACUGACAAUCUGCCUCUUCGGUUUAACAUAAAACUCCGUGUAUAAGGUGCCCGACGUCGGGGAAUAUUCUGUAUUGAAUUCGAGGAUCUCGAAGGAUAGGCCUUGAUAGAGGAUAGGCUUCCUCUUAGACUUCUUCAACUGUAGACUCAGAUAGAGUUCUCUGGUCGGUCGGUGUACCGCCAUUGUCAUGAUGUGGAGCUCGGGUGCCGAGGCAUUUCCAAAAUUUGGCAGGGCUAGGUUGGCGAGAUGCACUGGAUAUGUUUAUCAGCACUACGUCCUGUUACGGUCCAAGUAGUUUAAAAUAUUUUUAUUAGAAUACAAAUAUAUAGUGAAAAUUUAUAAUCAUGAAAUUGAAUUGAAUUCUCUCUUUUCAUCUGAGUUUUUAUACUAUACAAUAUGGGCGUGGUUUAUAUAGAAAAGAAAAAAUAUGGGCGUGUUAAAAGAGAAAUAUCAUGGGUUUGUUUAUAAAGUAAAGGGCAUAUUUCCGUUCAAGAAAAAUUUUAUUGUUUUUUCUAAAGUAACAUAAAAGGACAUAAGGACAUAAAAGACAUUUAUUUCUGUCCUGCAAAAAUAUUUUCCGUUCUGCAAAUCAGUCACACAGGAUGCGUCACAACACGGUGUCGUAGUCAUCAUAAAUGAUGAAAAGGGGGUCGCUUGGGAUAUUUUGUUCAAUUCCUCGAUGACGUCCAUCUAAAAUAAUAAGUAAAUGUGGAGUUGUACCUAUAGUUAGCUGUUUUAUAGCGAUGUUUUUGUGUUUGUAUAAGCACAAAAUUUUUGUAUGUAUUAAAACUUUGUAUUAUGCUAAGCAUUCUUGUGAAUUGUCUGUAAUUACACUCUUGAAACAUAUAAGGAAGGUUUCGCUGAGUCUUCAACUUACGGCCGCUUGUAUUGCGUCCACUAAAACGGGUUGCCUGGGGGUAUUUGGGUAGCGGUAUUCGUACCCUCAAGGGUUACGGUCUAGCCCCGCCGCUGUCUAACAGAAGUCAGUAGUCAGGCCUACGAUCAACGGCCUCAGAGCGGAUCUUAUGGAGCCUGUUGUGGAUUGGAUGUGGCUCCCCGCCUGGACCUAGACAAAGCGUUGCUCGGCGAGACAAAAGAGCAAGGCCACGACAGAUGUUGUUGA